GUGACCUGCCUCGGCUUUCUGCGGUAGCUAGCUAGCUGUGCAUGAUGAUGGAGGAGGAAGAAUUUGAAUUUGCGGAGGAUUUGGAGGCUAUUUUGCACCUUACUCCAGAGGUGCAGUUGGCCAUCGAACAGGUUUUCCCCAGUCAAGACCCAUUGGACAGAGCAGAUUUUAAUGCUGUGGAAUACAUCAAUACAUUGUUUCCCACUGAGCAGUCACUGGCUAAUAUAGAUGAUGUGGUCAACAAGAUCCGUCUGAAGAUUCGGCGUCUGGAUGACAACAUCAGGACGGUGGUGAGAGGCCAGACCAACGUGGGCCAGGAUGGCAGACAGGCACUGGAGGAGGCCCAGGUAGCCAUCGGCCAGCUCUUUGGCAAAAUCAAAGACAUUAAGGACAAGGCUGAGAAAUCUGAGCAAAUGGUCAAGGAGAUAACGCGGGACAUCAAACAGCUGGACCAUGCUAAGCGUCACCUGACCACCUCCAUCACCACCCUCAACCACCUGCACAUGCUGGCUGGGGGCGUGGACUCUCUAGAGGCCAUGACGAGGAAGAGGCAGUAUGGAGAGGUGGCUAACCUGCUACAGGGGGUGGUCAACGUGCUGGAACACUUCCACAAAUACAUGGGCAUCCCUCAGAUCAGACAGCUCUCAGAGAGGGUGAAAGCGGCCCAAAGCGAGCUGGGGACUCAGAUCCUGGCAGACUUCGAAGAGGCCUUCCCCACACAGGGGUCAAAGAGAGCAGGGGGACCCAGUAAUGUUCUGAGGGAUGCCUGUCUGGUGGCCAACGUCUUGGACCCUCGCAUCAAACAGGAGAUCAUCAAGAAGUUCAUCAGACAGCACCUCUCUGAGUACAUGGUGCUCUUCCAGGAGAACCAGGAUGUAGCUUGGCUGGAUAAGAUUGACCGGCGCUACGCCUGGAUUAAGCGUCAGCUAGUGGAUUAUGAGGAGAAGUACGGACGCAUGUUCCCUGAAGAGUGGUGUAUGACCGAACGCAUCGCUGUGGAGUUCUGCCACAUCACCAGGACGGAGCUGGCCAAAGUGAUGCGGACGCGGGCCAAAGAGAUUGAGGUCAAGCUUCUUCUGUUUGCCAUUCAGAGGACCACCAACUUCGAGGGGCUGCUCGCCAAGCGCUUCUCUGGGUGCACCCUUACCGACUGGUCCGGGGUGAAGAAGCCUGAGACACCACUGGAGUCCACCAACCCUUUCCUGGAGGAUGAGGUUGGAGAAGACGUUUCAGAGAUGGAGGAGGAUCUGGAUAGGCCCAAGAAGCACAAGGCUCCUGACAACCCCUUCCAUGGCAUCAUUUCCAAGUGCUUCGAGCCUCACCUCUAUGUCUACAUCGAGUCUCAGGACAAGAACCUGGGGGAGAUGAUUGACCGUUUCGUGUCAGACUUCCGGGCGCAGGGCCCCCCCAAGGCGGGCACGGAGGACGGUGGAGCGGUGCUGCCCAGCUGUGCUGACCUGUUUGUCUACUAUAAGAAGUGCAUGGUGCAGUGCUCUCAGCUCAGCACAGGGGAACCUAUGAUUGCCCUCACCACCAUCUUCCAGAAGUACCUCAGAGAGUAUGCCUGGAAGAUACUGUCUGGAAACCUGCCCAAGACUAGCAGUAAUAGUGGAGGACUGACCAUCAAGAGUCUGCUGCAGGAGAAGGAGGGUUCAGAGGCUGCGAAGUUCACUGUAGAGGAGCUGUGUCUCAUCUGUAGCAUCCUCAGUACUGCAGAGUACUGUCUGGCCACCACACAGCAGUUGGAGGAGAAGCUGAAGGAGAAGGUGGAUAAGACCCUGGUGGAGAGAAUCAACCUGACUGGAGAGAUGGACACCUUCAGCAAUGUGAUCUCCAACAGCAUCCAGUUGCUUGUUCAGGACCUGGAUGCUGCCUGUGACCCAGCUCUCACUGCCAUGAGCAAGAUGCCAUGGCAGAGUGUAGAGCAUGUAGGUGACCAGAGUCCCUACGUGACGUCAGUCAUCAUGCACAUCAAACAGAAUGUCCCCAUCAUCAGAGAUAACCUGGCCUCCACACGAAAAUACUUCACCCAGUUUUGCAUCAAGUUCACCAACUCGUUUAUUCCUAAAUUCAUCAACCACCUGUUCAGGUGUAAGCCUAUCAGCAUGGUGGGGGCUGAACAGCUUCUCCUGGACACCCACUCCCUGAAGACGGUGUUGUUGGAUCUGCCCUCUAUAGGGUCUCAGGUGGUCCGCAAGGCCCCAGCCAGCUACACCAAGAUAGUUGUGAAGGGGAUGACCCGCGCUGAGAUGAUCCUCAAGGUGGUCAUGGCCCCCCAUGAACCCGCCGUGGUUUUUGUGGAUAACUACAUCAAGCUCCUUGCUGAUGGGAACCCAGAGACCUUCCAGAAAACUCUGGAUAUGAAGGGGUUGAAGCGCAGUGAGCAGAGCAGCAUGUUGGAGCUCUUCAGACAGAGGUUACCCACUCCACCAUCAGGGGCCGACGGAGGCCCCUCUCUCUCCUUCAGCACCCCCACCCCCGAGCAGGAGAACUCGCGCAUACGCAAACUGGAGAAGCUCAUCAAGAAGAGACUCUGAGCGUGCACACACUCACACACAUCACCAUACCACACACACAAAUUAUUCCAGUAAUUCAUCUCAAAUACUUUUUCCUGCUCUGUUCAAUCAUAACGGAGAAUUGCAGGCAGAGUAAAGACAUGAUUGUCUCAUUUUUGUUAGGCGCAUUAAUAUGACCCUCAUGAUUUCAAAGUCAACUGUCAGAUUAUGAAGAAAUGUCCUCAGCUGCAGUAAGCUGUUGGCACAUACGACUUAUUUACUUCUGUAUUUCUUUUCUGCUUCUCUUUUUAUGACACUAAAUACCCGAGCUUUGUAAAUGUCAUUAAAUGUAGACUAUAUCAUACACA